GCAGCAAGGGUUGCCGAUGAAGAAAGAACACAGCGUCGUGAGAAGAUAUUCACCGGAGAGCGGGCAUUACUUACCAUGGCAGCAGAAUGGCGAAGCGAGGCCGAGAAUAGCAAGUUGGAGGAUAGCCCAAACAAGAUAGCGCUCCUCCUCUUGCAUCUCACGGAUCUCCUGGCAACCUGCAUUACACAGCAGGCGGAGAUCCUUGCUCUCGACAACUCGGUAGCUCAUCUCCAAGACCGCCUUCAGCGGGUGGAGCAGCGACCAGUCGCCGCCGCCGAUGCAGGCUCUUCCAACACUGCCGACCGCCUCACCGCAUUGGAGAUGCGCGUUGGCUCCCUCCAGGAUGGCGCACAGUUACAGCAGACCGCGUGGUUGGACAACUUGUUAUCCAAGUACGGAGUGGUAGCAGCGGACUUGCACACCAUGAUCAGCUGGGAUGAUCUGAAGGCGGCGUGGCACAAGCGGUUCCAAGUGGAGCCGCUAGAGAUCAAAGCCAUGAACAAGCUUAUGGUCUUCGAGCAAGGCUCGUUGCCGAGUAUGGACUGGAUCGCCGAGUACCAACGCUUGACAUCAGUCCCAGACAUCCAGAUGUGCUUCAAGGUCAUCCGCCACUAUUUCAUCUCAAGGUCAUGUCCGACAUUGAGCAAUGCCCUGACGCAUGUCGAGGACACCUUGACGACGACGGCGGAAUUAUUCGACAAGGCUGCGCAGAUCAUCGUUACGAACAAGGAGGCCAAGAACCUUCGUUCAUCUGCGUCAGGCCCGAGCGGGUACCAGCAUCGGCCACGAGUGGUCAUGGUCGCGGCAGCAGCGCCGUUAGACCAAUCCAGCGAGGUUGCAUCUGCCAGUAAAGGGGACAGAUUUGCAGCCGCCCGGGAAGGUGGCCGCCCCGCCAGAGGUCGAGGUCGCGGCAAGCCGAAGACACACAUCGUUUCUAGCCUCGGGCCCGGUGCAGCAGCUCAGACAGGCCCAUGGACCCCCCGGACAUUGGAGGAUUAUCUUGGACAUCUUCGACGAGUGUUCGAGACACUCGGUCGUGCCAAGUACAAGGCCAACCGCGACAAGUGCGAAUUUGUCCGGCAAGAGCAAUACUUGGGCCAUUUUGUCACACCGGAGGGCAUCAGUCCUCUAUCGGACAAGAUUCAAGCCGUCCAAGAGUGGUCGGAGCCUCGGAACAUCACGGAUGUCCUCUCGUUCCUCGGUCUUACGGGCUACUAUCAGCGAUUCAUCAAAGGCUACUCCAAGAUCACGGCCCACUUGAACAAGCUUCAGUGCGAGGGUCGGCCAUUUGACUUUGGAGAGGAGGCGCGGGGAUCAUUCCUCGCUCUCAAAGCCACGCUAUUGUCUGCGGAGAUCUUGCGGAUAUACGACCCGCUCGCGCCUACACGUGUCACUACGGAUGCGUCAGGCUAUGACAUUGGUGCAGUCCUCGAGCAACAUGAUGGUGUGGACUGGCACCCGGUCGAGUACUUCAGCAAGAAAGUGUCACUCGUGCAUUCCAUUCACGAUGCACGCAAGAAGGAGCUCCUCGCCUUCGUCCACGCGCUCAAGCGGUGGCGGCACUUCCUCCUUGGUCGAUGCCAAUUUCGCUGGGUGACGGACAACAAUCCGUUGGUCUUUUACAAGACCCAAGACACCGUCAACAACACCAUCGCUCGAUGGAUGGCUUUCAUUGACCAGUUCGACUUCUUUCCCGAUCACAUUCUCGGGAAGUCGAACCGUUUUGCGGAUGCUCUCUCACGGCGUCCGGAUCAUUGUACCGCAGUCUACUCGACCUUCGAGAUUGACGACGACGUGCGGAACAGCUUCAUCCGCGGCUACCAAGCCGACCCCGAUUUUCGCGACAAGUACACGAAUUGCUCCUCUCCUAAUCCGGCUCCUUCUCACUAUUGGAUCCAAGAGGGGUACUUGCUUGUCAACACGCGGGGGAAGGACCUUCUUUGCGUACCGAGUGACCCUCACUUGCGUACACGGCUUCUUGGCGAGUUCCACGACGCUCCCGCCACUAAACAUUUUGGAGUCAAUCGCACGAUUGGCCGACUUUGCCAGCGAUUUUGGUGGCCCGGCCUUCUCGGCGACGUCACGCACUAUUGCGAGUCAUGCGAGGUUUGCCGACGCUGCAAAUCCUGCAACCAUCGUCCGUACGGCGAAUUACGACCAUUGCCAGUUCCGUUGCGGCGAAGGGAAGCGAUUGCCAUGGACAUUACCGGCCCGUUCCCCAAGCACAAGACCGGAGUGAAUGGGAUUCUCACGGUGGUCGACCGACUCACCAAGUUCGCCAUGUUUCUGCCUUAUCGCUAUCAUGCCAAGGCACCGGAGUUGGUCGAGGUUCUGUACGUCGGUUGGAUUCGCACCAAGGGUUACCCCAAGGAGAUCGUCUGCGACCGCGACACUCAGUUCAUGUCCGAUUUUUGGUUGGCGCUCAUCAAGCGAUGGGGCUCAUCUCUCAAGCCCAGUUCAGUUCGCCAACCUCAGACCGAUGGCCAAACGGAGAGGGCGCAUCAGACCGCACAGGUUCUCCUUCGCACUCUCAUCCGCCCCGACCAGAAAGACUGGGUUGAGCGACUGCCGGAUGUUGAUUUGGCCUACAACUCUUCCAUCCACCUGGCUAUUGGGUUAUCACCCUUCGAGUUCGAACAUGGCUCGCCGGUCACUUCACCGUUGGACACUAUUACUCCACCCACGGCCGAGAGCGACGACCAUCUUUUCUUCUUGCGUCGGAUGCAAGAGCUUCUUGUCAAGGCACGCGACCAGAUGGCUAAGACGCAGCAGCGCAUGAGCCAACAGGCAAAUCGCCAACGUCUUCCUUGUCCAUUCCGCGCCGGGGACCUCGUCUGGGUUUGAGCAGCGGAAUUCAGCCUUGAACAAGGCGUCUCUCGCAAGCUCCUCCCGAAAUGGAUGGGGCCUUGGCCGAUCAUAGAGCCCGC